AUGGUGUCCAAAACGCUUCUUUUCUCCUGUAUUGCUAGCCUCGUUCAUUUGGUGAUUUCAGACGCCAGCCCACCACAAGCUGCCACUACAGUUGAUGGACUUCCGGAUUUCGGGACCAAUCCUAGCUUGGGCGAUAUCCAAGCCCUCUUAUCCCGACAUAUCACUGAUCUAUCAGAUCUACUACAUAACUUCAGUAGCACUGUGAAUAUUCCCGUUCGCACUGAGCAUCCAAUUCUACAGGCUCCUAUCAGAGAAGAUUCGUCUACUGCUGCAGCACCCUGUGACUGUCGUCCCCCCAUCUCACCGGACUGUCAGAUUCUCUGCGGUACUCAUGGUGGAGACGAACCCAAGGAACCAUCAGAUCAUAUACCCGGUACUAUAUUCACAGACUCGAACCAUGGAGCAACAGACCCGCUGCCUCUCGCUGGAUUACUUCCCCUCCGGCUCUCUUGCACAUGUACUCCACCAAUUGCAGUGAGCUGCAAGAUCCUAUGCGCCAACCACGGCGGGACAGUCUGGCAACCACCCAAGGACGUCAAAAUGGCCCCCUUCUCCUCCUCAGAGUCGACCCAGCCUCGACUCCGACUCCAGGAGGACCACAUCUCAAACCCAGCAAGCGACUCUGCCAACCCGCUAUGUGACUGCAACCAGCCAACGACAUCAACCUUGUGUGUCAAUCUCUGCGCCAAUCAUGGGGGUGACAGUUUUCAACCACCAGACAAUGCACCGCUAGAUACCAUUCCCCACCCACUCCCAACGCCAGGACAGGGUCACGAUGGACAGAUUCCACCACCAGCACCCCCCUCGCAACCUGAGCUGGAAAGUUGCAACUGCAACAACCCCACGGCGGGCGCAUGCCAGAUCCUGUGCGCCAACCACGGCGGACAAGCCAACGGAAGCGACGACACCAACCUGAAGGCCAAGCUUCAAAACGCCAGCAUGCCAUGGCCAGCCACCGAUCCCGUUGCUGAAGUCGCCACCAUAGCCUCAUUGCAUGAAUCCGACACAUCGCUUCCCAAAGUGCUGACACUGAGCGUGCAAACCUCGCCUGACUCCAGCACGCCUAUCAACGCCGACAUCGACCUCUCAUCCUACGCGAGCUUCGCGACACACUCGGCCAUCACAGCGCUCGGACUCGGUGGUGAAAUACAUACACUUGGGUACCAAUCUCAGGCUCAAUCCGUGUCUGGCAGCAACCAACUACAAACAGUCAUAGGCACCAUCACGCUCCAACUGCCACAAUACAACCUGCACGAGGCAUUCUACGUCGUUGAGCCCGAGCUCGCACCUGUGACCACGUCUCCGGGUGAUGGUGAUGGUGGUGAGAAGCCUGCAGACUUCACCGUCGGCGUCGAUUUCCUGCUGCAGAUUGGCGGGUUGGCCGUGGGGAGCCACUUGUUCGCUUGA